AUGUCAAAUCUCAACAAGCUUGACUUUGUUGCUUUGGAAGUUUCCGGAAGGAACUACCUCAAGUGGACCCAGGAUGUCAAGCUCCAUUUGACUGCAAAUAAGAUGAGAUCAACAAUUAAUGCUGACAACAUCGCCCCUGAAGAUAUGAAGGUUGCGCUAGAAGAGCGAUUCAACCAUCAGAGGACUAUCUACUUGCCAGAAGCAAGACACGACUGGCAGAACAUACGUUUCCAGGAUUUCAAGAUUGUCAAUGAGUAUAACUCUGAAAUCUGCAGGAUUCGGUCACUCCUAAAAUUUUGUGGAGAAGAGCUCACAGAAGUUGAUCUGUUGGAGAAAACUUUCUCCACCUUCCCUUUUUCCUGUAUGGACCUGCAACAACAAUAUAGGGAGAGGAACUUUGCUAGAUUCUCAGAAUUGGUCACCGUCCUGUUGCUCGCUGAAAAGAACAACUACCUACUUUUGAGGAAUGAUCAAGCAAGGCCCACCGGUACCAGAGCAGUUCCUUUGCCUGAAGCAAAUGCUAUUGCCCAUCGCGAAAAUAACCACGCAAGGAGAAACGGGGGUCGUGGAAGGGGAAGGAGGCCUGAACGUCCGAGACAUGGAAGGAGACAUGGGCCCAUAUGA